AAAAAUGAAGCUUAUGCAUUAUAUAUAGGCUUUACUUCAACCUGAUCAUUGUCAUUUCUGAUUUGGGUUUUCACUUCAUUUCUAACUUAUUUAGCGCAUUGUAUUGGUCUCUACACCCCAAAAUGAAGUUUGGAAAGGAAUUUGCAGCACAAAUGGUGCCAGAAUGGCAAGAAGCAUACGUGAACUACAACUACCUAAAAUCACUCAUAAAAGAUAUUCAACACUCGAAGCAAAGAGACAAGCCUCCUCCUCCUCCGGCGACCACCACAACGCCCCACCAAAUAAAGCGGAGGCACACAUUGUACAGAGCCUUCAGUGGUCUCACCAGAAGUCGACACCACCAAGAACCCUUUAGUCCAACUACGGACAUCGAAAACCAAACCAUCUUAGUACACCCUGUGAGAUCAGAAGGUUCUAAUCACGAGAGUUACCAGACCACUUUCUUAAUGGCUGCCGAGGAAGGCGGGGUUAUGGAGUUGGAGUAUUUCAGAAGGGUUGAUGAUGAGUUCAACAAAGUUGAGAAGUUCUAUAGGGGAAAAGUUGAAGAGGUCCUGAAGGAAGCUGCUGUGCUUAAUAAGCAAAUGGAUGCUUUGAUCGCUUUUCGGAUUAAGGUGGAGAAUCCUCAGAGGCUGUUUGAUUGGUCCGGCGAGAUUACUCGUCUUGCUUCAGAUGUUGCAACUUCCACAGCUCAGUUGGCUGCUUCAACUCCUAGAGGAGCCAGAGCAAGCAGACGUGCGGCUAUGGCUAUGGAUGUGAUCGAAGAGGGCGGGUCAAGUAGCCAAGGGGAACAUUCCGGUGAAGAUGAUAAAGAUGAGAAAGAGAAAGAAGAACUUGUUGGUAGGAAGGUUAAGGUAGAGAAGCCAGAGAUGUUUAGAGGGUCUAGACCUGCACCACUAGAUGUUCUAAGUCGUGUGACAAUGAAUCAAACCGUUGAGACUCCACGUUCGACUAUUAAAGGCUUCCUCAAUGUGCCUCAGCAGACCGAGCUCAAAUUCAGCAGGGAAAAUCUCAGUAAAGUUGAAGAACAGCUUAAGAGUGCUUUCGUUGUAUUUUACCAGAAACUUAGGCUUCUAAAGAGCUUUGGAUUCUUGAAUACAUUGGCAUUUUCGAAGAUCAUGAAGAAGUAUGAUAAGGUUACUUCAAGAAAUACAUUAAAACCGUACAUGAAGAUGGUAGACAACUCCUACCUUGGCAGCUCUGAUGAGGUUACCAAGCUUAUAGAGAGGGUUGAAAGUGCAUUCAUCAAGCAUUUCUCAAACUCAAAUCGCCGAAAAGGGAUGGCCGUUUUAAGGCCAAAGCCAAAGAUAGAAAGACAUAGGAUAACAUUUUUCAUGGGUUGCUUUGCUGGCUGCACAGUUGCUCUUACAUUAGCCCUGAUUUUGCUAGUACGCGCUCACGAUAUUAUGAAUGAGUCAGGGAGGAAACAGUACAUGGAUACCAUAUUUCCCUUAUACAGCUUGUUCGGGUUUGUUUUUCUACACAUGCUUAUGUAUGCUGGAAACAUAUACUUCUGGAGACGGUACAGAGUCAAUUACUCUUUCAUAUUUGGUUUCAAGCAAGGAACUGAGUUGGGCUACAGAGAGGUUCUCCUUGUUAGUUUUGGUCUGGGAGUGCUAGCACUAGCUGCUGUUCUCUCAAAUCUUGACAUGGAAAUGGACCCCCAAACCAAAGAGUACAAACAAUUAACUGAACUUCUCCCUCUCUUCUUGGUUUUGUUUGUAAUUGUGAUAUUAGUAUGCCCAUUCAACAUCGUCUAUCGCUCAAGUCGCUAUUUCUUCCUUGUUUGUGUAUUUCAUUGUAUCUGUGCUCCUCUAUACAAGGUCACACUGCCAGAUUUCUUCUUGGCUGAUCAGUUAACUAGCCAGGUGCAAGCCAUUAGAAGCUUGCAGUUCUAUAUUUGCUACUAUGGUUGGGGAGAUUAUAAACUCAGAGAAGAUAGUUGCAGAUCAAGCGAUGUAUUCAAGACUUUCAAUUUCAUAGUUGCUUGUAUUCCAUAUUGGUCCCGCCUUCUUCAGUGCCUACGACGCCUGUUUGAAGAGAAGGACCCACACCAAGGUUACAAUGGGCUCAAGUACUUCUUCACAAUAGUAGCUGUCACCAUGAGGACAGCUUACAGUCUUAAUAUGGAUGUGAACUGGAAAAUUCUUGCCGGGAUUUUUUCGAUCAUUGCAGCAUUGUAUGGAACAUAUUGGGAUCUUGUUGUAGACUGGGGACUUCUGCACCGCAACUCAAAGAAUCGCUGGUUGAGAGACAAACUUUUAAUCCCUUACAAUAGUGUAUACUUUGGAGCUAUGGUGUUGAAUGUGUUGCUGAGAUUUGCUUGGUUGCAGACUGUUUUAAAUUUUAAUGUUCCUUUCAUGCAUAAACAAACAAUGUUAGCAGUCGUGGCCAGCUUGGAGAUAAUUCGUCGAGGGAUAUGGAGUUUUUUCAGGUUGGAGAAUGAACAUUUGAACAAUGUUGGCAAGUACAGGGCAUUCAAGUCAGUGCCACUGCCCUUCAACUAUGAUGAAGACCACAAAGAUCUGUAGGCUUGGACUCAUGAAAUCAUUUUGGCCAUUCUGGAAGACAGGAAUAUUUCACCAAAACCAGUGAAGUGUAUAGAAAAGCUAUCAAGCUGCAAAUUUUGUAUCCCCUUCUAUUUUUUGAUUUAUUUAUGCUGGCUGCAUUGUUAUUCUUGGAGGGCCUCAAGUAAUGUGAGACCAGGUGGGAAAGAAAGAAAUAGAAGGCACACCAUGGAUUACCUUGGAAAGAAUCUUCAACAAUGGCUCCCAUGCAUGCAUCCCUUGUCUUUCUCCAGAGGCCAUCCUACUUGAUUUGAAGAUAACUAGGCAACACCACCCGACAAUAAUAUUAAUUUUAUC